AGGAUGGGAGAAAGUGGAAAACAUAUAGUGAGGUCGACGGGUACCUCGAAAGGUCUCGAGACAUCUGCGACAUCUCUGCAUUCUAGUGGCCAGGAUUCUGGUAUAGUAGCUCGCACUUCUUGCCAUUGCAGUCAUUCAUCCAGUCCUUCUAGUGACGAAAGUAGCAACGGAUAUGAAGACUCACUGAAAUCUCUUCAGCGUCAAGAAAGAGGUAACAAUGUUUUACGUGGCAAUCAUGACAGUGUCAUUGAAAAACGAGCAAAUCUGGCGAUGAAAAGGCGACGUUUCCACUCUUUCUCGAAUGGUGAAUCUAUUUAUACACACGAGAUGACGUUACAGAAAGAGCAACAUUGUUGCAACAGCACCGACAAAAGACAAAAAGCUGAGCACCACCGUGCACAUUCCGAGGCAGAAAACAAUAUUACCGAGACAGUGAUAAACGAACAUCCGGGAACAGAGAUCUCGUUAGAUGUUGAUAAACGUACAGUCGUGGUCACUGAAUCGUUUCGUGGACGCGGGAAGCUAGGGGUAAGAGGAACGGUAUUCCCUAGCAGUAAGUAGUGCCAAUGGACGCCGUACUAACUAACCGUAGCAAUCAUCUGAUCCACAACUGCGUUAUGUCGAUAAUGUCAAUGCUUUCCUUUACUAUUUGUGUCUCAAACUAUAAAACUAUUGGCCAUUUCAUAGCCAAUGUUUCACAAAUACAUUCAUAUAUAUAUAUAGGGUCAUUGCCAUCUAACCGCUUGUAAGUAGAUAGAAGGAA